CAGUUAGCCUCCUGCUGCCUGUUAUUUUCAGCAACAAGAUGGCUGUCGUUCCUGAGAGCAGAGUCCUUACUUUCAGCGUUUUUAAAUGGAGCUCUUACUCCUCUACGUAUUUACCUGAGUAAGUAAUGAGCGCGUUUGCUUCUCUGCUGCGUGCAUCAGCUGUUACACUGACAGGGGGAGCUUUUAUCGCCUCGGCGCUCCUGUGUUUGUUUCGGCUGGCCUGAUGUUAGCUCGUCUGCGCUCAUAGCAAAGCUAGCUUAGCGUUAGCUUUGUCAGCGGCGAAAGGUGCGCUUGUUUUAGCUACAUAGCCGCGCGAAAGAGACGAUGCGGACGGGUCAACCGGGCUGUUUUUGAAUAUUAACGUUUGUUUUUAUAUAUUAGGUAGUUGGAACUAUGUUUGGAAAAUUAUUUCGACAUUUUUAGAGCUGUUUUAAAAAUGUAAACAUGAAGUAGUCCGUCGUCUGAGCGCCACCUCUUUCUUGUCGUCGCUACGUGUGCGUUAGUGUGUACUUAAAUCAUCCUGAGUAGAGAUUUGUACUAUCAAUAACAGCUAGAAUUUCUUAGAAAUAAUAUUGGAUAGUCCGUUUUUAAUUCAGGGCAAGAGCAGCGGAUAAUAAUAUAAAAAUAUCAUUCACUAACAUUCGGCCUGGCAUCAUUGUAUGUCAAAUCAAACGCACCCCUGAGCUAACAGAGCUGCUGUUAUCUAACAUGUAGCUCUGUCUAACCAGCAGAAGCUAAAAUCCUCAUUUUUAUCAAACUAUUAUAUUAAAUAAAACAAAAUGUUGUUGAAAUAAACUCUAAAAAUACUGUAUAGUCUAAACGAGGUCACGCUAUGAUUAAGAAUACGCUGGUGUUGCUGUUUCAAUGAGAAUUUUAGCUGGCAAAUGUUAAACUCAACAUGAUAAUGGAUGAUAUUAACUCUGCUGUCUUUUGUUAAACGGACUCUUUGACCUUCCAGAACAGUCUAAGUGGGUUAUUAAUGCAGCUGCAUUGUUUUCAGAUAGCCAUCACAAUUGGUUUAGUUCAAACACACCCCUCUACACACUGCCCUACAUUCACCGGGUCAAAAAACUGUGAGGUUAUGUGAUCACAACCAAAAAAAGAGACAUUACAACACACUCAAACAUGACCACAUGAGAAAGAUGCCAGAGUAAACACUAAAACUAGACCACUAUCAAACUCUCCAUGUUUGUCUGCCCCGAUGCCUCCUCUACUUGUGUCUCUAGUUUCCAAUAGUAGCUCAUGGAGGUAAUUAAAGUUUGCUGUACUGGUAUUGUUUCGAGCAGACCCUCGUCCUCCACAGUGUCGGAUCAGCCUGAGAGCUGCAGCCACUAAGCAAUCGCUGUUAAAAGUUUGUUGUUUGUAGAGUCUCGGUUGCAAACUGCUCAACCUUUUAAAAGGGAUAUUUCGGUGUAAAAUUAAUUCAGAGUCAAACACAGAGAUGAAUGUUUCCGACCGCUUGCUUCUUUAGUUAUACCAACUUGUAACGACCGCAGGAUAGCAAUACAGAGAGCCACGUGCUCAAACAAAACACCACUCUAUAGCCACAAAUAAUGCUCAGAACAGCACCUAACUUCAUCAACAGGACAUUUAGGGUCGCAGCCAUAGUACUAGACACCUAACAUCUUUGUAACUUUGACUCAUUUCUUUAGCAAAGAGACUAAACACAACUCACCUACUCUCUUCCAGCAGACGCUUGUUUUUAGGGAGACCUCAGGCCAGUCCAUUGCGGACGGCAGCGGGGUGCCGCAGCUCAAGGAAGAACAUUUAUGAUCAUUUCUUCAUGGAAAUACAAUCAGACCGAGACGCUAAGGCAGAAGAACUACCACGUCUGCAGAGAAAAAUGAUUAAUAUGGUGAUUAUGACCUCAAGGAAAUGAUAAAGAAAUGAUCAUAAAUGUUCUUCCUUGAGCUACGUCUAUGAUGGACUGGUUGAGGUCUCCCUAAAAACAAUCGUCUGCUGGAAGAGAGUAGGUGAGUUGUGUUUAGUCUCUUUGCUAAAGAAAUGAGUCAAAGUUAAAAAGAUGUUUGGUGUUUAGUACUAUGUCUGUGACCCUAUAUGUCCUGUUGAUGAAGUUAGGUGCUGUUCUGAGCAUUAUUUGUGGCUACAGAGUGGCACCUGAGAUCGCUGUGUAUUGCUCUCUGUGGUCGUUUAAAAGUUGGUAUAACUAGAGAAGCAAGCGGUCGUCAACAUUCAUCUCUGAAGGGGGUGUCAAACUCAGUGUUACAGUGUGUUUGACCCUAAAUUAAUUUUACGCCGGAAUAUCCCUUUAAUGAAGAGGGGGGACUUUGCGUUAGCUGUGUGCUCGGCCAGUAAAGGUUUUUUGGACUUGCUGUCCUCUAUUGACCCACCACACAUUGAAAGUAAAUGCAGUAUAACCAGGAUUUGAUGAGAGAAUCAUAGAGCUCAGUGAGGUUUGCUUCUGCUUUCAUUCACACCAAAAUGAUGCUUCGAUUUUGCAAAUUACAGGACAGGCCGAGGGUCAUAAACGCAGAACAUUCUCGCAUCAAUUGUACAUCAAAAACUUUGAAAGCUCUAACUGUAACUCUUUUGUCACUAGUUAUAAUAUUUAGUUAUAUACAGUCGGAAAUUAAACAUUUCCUGUUGUGUUUUUUUUUAGGAAUAUCUUGGUGGACAAGCCUAAUGAUCAGUCUUCCAGGUGGUCUUCUGAGAGCAAUUACCCUCCACAGGUAAGUUUACUGCUGUCUACAUGAGCUGUUUCUACUCAAGCUUUAACAUGCUGUCAGUUUGAGGAUCGGAUCUAGAACUGAAUCGUGACAUCUGUGGAGGUCUACGGUUUGCUGGACUCCACAUCUGUCUAGUUCCUGUAAAAGUUCCUCCUCAUUUCUGCAGAUCAGGUCAUUGCAUUAUAUUUCUAUCUUCAUUAAGAGCCUCCUGAGACUUAGUGGAUAAUUUCAAGAUAUUUAAGCCCUGAUAGUUUAGAUUCUCUCCUUUUGGACGUACGCUUAGAACUCUGCACACUCAGUUUGGUUUAGGUGAGAGGAGGUAGCGACGUGGCAGCAAGUGGGUGGAGGAGCAGCGUUCAGGAAUAGUUUCAGUUUUUGUAAUAAUGUGUCUCAACCACAAACUCAACAGUGGAAAACAUAAUACAAUGUUGAUACAUCUGUUUGCCCUGACGUCUGGUAGAAUUUUUACUGUGGGCUGUGGGGAAAAGUGCAGAUGAAAUUUGGAUGAAAAAAUUCUGCUUUUUGGAUUUACACAUACAGCUGCCUGCGAUAGAUUGGAAGCUUUGUAUUUAAAUUAGGGAUGUUCCCAGCGGUUAAUUUCACUGACGUUUAAACGACCAUUUUGAAACUGAAUAUUCAAAUACACGAAAAUUAACGAACUUCCAGAAAAUAGCCCAAAUUGAGCAAAUGUUGCUCUAUAUGGUCAGAUAUAAUCUGUUAUAAAUAUUAAGAGUACAUGAAAGCCAAGCUUAUAAUAUGAAAAUAUGUUACAGAAUCUUUUUUUAGCUGGAGAAUGACAUAAAGUACGUGGAAAAUCAAAGCAAUUAAGCUGUGCUCAAGCCAAGCGGCCUGCUGCGUCAUCGGCCUGUCUCACGACAUCAGCACAAAAUGAAGAGUCUUCAGAGUCUGACAACAUCACGUUCAACAAUGUUUAUUAUCUAAAUUAGACUUCAACUUUGCUCUUUUUUCUCUCUGACAUCACUCUGGCUGAUCGCAUGUGUUGAUUCACUCUGAGGAAGUUAACCACGAUGCCAUGCAUGCUGCAGGGCAGCGCUGCGAGCCCAGAGCAGCGAGCCAGGCAGAAAGAGUCGCACGCAAAUGAUCCACACAUUUUAGCUUGUUUAAUGCACGCUUUUAUUAAGACAUGACAGUAAAAAUGUAAUUAAAAAAAAAAAAGCUUUUUUCACUUUUUUCCCCCUUUUCUUUUUUUAUAGAAUAAAUGAAUAUUAUUUACGAAACGGAAAGUAAGGACAGCCCUGUUUACACGAAUAACUGCACACAUCCCUAAUUUAAAUGUAGAGAUAGCUGGUUUAAACUUGAGAGCCUGCUAUUUAUAAAGGAGCAAGGUGUUACAGAAGGUAGGGAAAAAAACCUGCACAACAGCUGAGAGACGAAAGACAUAACUGUGAUAACUUGUAGUUUUGUGCAGCAGCAUUCUGCUCUCUCAGCCUUUUCCUUUAUUCACACCACUCCUGUCAUUAUCUCAGUUUUGAACAAUGUUAUUGCACUUUUAAGAUUUCCAUCUUACCCUUUUGGUCUGCCUUGUUUGCAUUGGUUUAAUCGAACUUGAGUCAAACAUUAACUGAGGUUUAAAAACUUCUUAAUCAAAUAGUUUUGAACACAGACCAGGGUUAGUGUUGGAAAAGCUUCGCCGUCAUGCUUCCUCUCCAGUGUGAUCUGAAUGCCAAACAGGCGGUAAAAAGAAAGUGUUUCAUUUAAAAAAAAAAAAAAGAUGAUGUUUCUCGUCGUGUCUCUUGAACCCAUCGACCGGCUGCAGCAGCACUGUGACAGAAAGUGUUUGAGGUUAAAUCUGAAAGUUUGUGUUUCACGGCAAGAGGAAGUGAAGCGUUCCAAAACAAUGGUUAACCACUUACUCACAAGUUUCUAAGAAAGCAGCUGUGUGGUGUUGUGUCUGAUCAACAGAAGUAAGAAAACACAAACAUGGGAUUUUUUUUUCUCCUUCAUUGAAAGCAUUACAUACUGAUUUAGCCGAAUCUACCUGCUCAGUGGAUGUGGAUGUCUGGUUAGUCGACAUCUAGUUCAGUCAGUUUGAAAAAGCGACGUCUGUGUUUGAUUUGGACAGAUCAAUAGAUAAAAAAGUUGAUUAAAGAUGAACCAGCUGCUUGAAUUUUAUUUGAUUUUAUUUGAGAACUUUGAGGUGGAGCAUCGUGGACAGAACGAGCGUUUGAUGUUCGCAUAAACUUCAAACUGUCCGAAUCCAUAAAAACAUCUGAUGCAGCUCAUCGUCCAGAAGGACACUCCCAUCAUUGUUGAUGUUAUCCAAACAGUACACACACACACACAGAGUUACUAACCAAGACGGGAGACUCCAUUGGCUCCAGUAGUUUGUUCCUCUUCCAUUAACUAAUUACAGUGAAGCGGGCGCCAACUGCAGCAGGGAUGUGUAAAUUAUGACCUCGGAAAUAUGAGUCAUCGCAGGAGGUUGAUGGGAGGAUUACGCCGUUUUACCACAUGUUGACUCACAACGAAGCAGAGCAAGAAAAGAUUAACGCUUCAAAAGAUGGACUGUGAUUAUUAUCGAAUAAUGGAGGAACAGACGGCUCUGUUACCUCUGUUAUUUUUAUUUUCAUACAGAAUCUUCAUUUUUAUCUGUAAUAUCUCAGCCUGCGAUUAUUUAAUGGAAUUAAAGUAGACAGAGAAGUUUUUAGAAAUUUCAUUAUAAAGGAGGAGUGCUCUUCCUACUUUUUUAUUUAAUUAAAGAUUUUUAAAUGAAUAGAGAAAUAAAAGAAGAUAAGAAGUUUCAGUGUGAAUUUAAACAUGUUUCUUCGAUAUCGAAAACCUCCUCAUGAGUUUAAAAAGCCUUGAGGUGAAUUAUUUCCCCGGCGUAGACUCUUGAACUUACACGAUCUAGAUCCUUUUAAACCUUUAAGAAAAAUUAAUUAAUAAACGAUAAUCAUUUCAGUAAUCAGUGACCACGGUUUUGUUUUCCUGAUAUUCAACUAUAACAACACGUUUAUUUAAAUCCGUUUUAAAAUUGCUUAAAUGUCAGCGGCUGCAGUAAAAACCUGAUCACUCCUCCGGGGAUAAAACCACAUCAUCUAAUAUUGGAAUAUACUUUAUUACACCGAUACAACAGAAAUCUCUUGACACAUAAUGUUGGAGACUAUGUGGGGAGAAUAAAGCCAAUCAAGUGCAACGUCCACUUAGAUUUGAAGAUUUAUAUAUGGGAUUUAUAUAACAGAUGCACCGAAAAUCGAGGAUUGUGUCGCGGUAAUGAUGGAUAUAUACAGAGUGGAGAAGCUGACUUUCUCAUCUAGACUAAGGCCACUUUUAGACGGAAACGGUCUCCAUUAAGGCUGCACGAUAUUGGAAAAAAAUAAUAUUGCGAUUUUUUCAACCCUGCGAUAUAUAUUGCGAUAUUAAAAAUACAGUAUUUUCACCAGAUGACCUGAAUAGCACUUAAUGUUAUGCUGCACUGCUGAAAUCUUGAGGACAGUUAAUCUGCUCUGAUCUCACCUCUUUUUAUGAAUGUUAGUAGAACGGCUUCUGUCUGUCUCAGAUAUAUUUUUAGCUUUUAUUGUGCUGGGACGUUAUUGUGGAAACAGAUGAACACAGAAGACGUGUUUUGGUCGACAUCAUCCUUUUUUAACCGAAAUAAUUCCAGAUAACUGACUUUCCUUUUCUUUUUGGCAACAAAUCUUCAUUUUCGGUGGUUUUCGCUUGUUCGUUGUUCAUUUUGCGAUCGUUGUUGUUGUUGUUAGCGGUGCUGUACCGAGAAACGCAUGUCCUCCGAGAAUUGCAUGCACCUCACAAAACGCGCACUGCUUAUAGUAGAGUGGUCCACGGAAAUGUACAAUUUAAAACCCAUACAGUUCUUAUUUGUUGGGCUUAAUAGUCAGUAAAGUUCCGAAAGUAAUUCUCAGCGGACACACGUCUCCCUCCAUGUGCAGAACAUGUGCAGGGGUGGGUUUUCUCCUCCCUGAUUUUGAUUGACAGCUGGCAGGGUAGUCUGAUUGGCAGCUGAGAAGUGAGUCUGAUUGGCAACUGAGUUAAGGACGAAGGCGAUUGGUGGAUCGCUGCACAGCACAUGCAGAGUCACAUGGAGUGUAUCUCAGUCGGUUACCCUUGAAAUUAAAUGAGUUCAUUCACCUCCAAUAUCGCAGGCUCUGCGAUGUGACUAUCGCACACACGUACAUCGCGAUGACGAUAGUCAAACGAUAUAUCGUUCAGGCCUAGUCUCCAUAGAAGACGGAAAAACUUAGUUUUGUAUAUGGGGGUCCGUUUAGACGACAACUGCGUUUUCAGGAGAUGAAAACGUGACAAAGUGAAAACCUCCUCCAGAGUGGAAAUGUUGGAAACGCUCUGCUGGUCCCGCUUUCGUCUAAAGUACAAAAACGCUGAAAACAGUCAAACCUGUGACGUCCUGGCUCUCGUCGGCUCACGCUUAUGACAUCAUAGCCAUGUGCAGCUUCCUUGAAAAUAACAACAACAACAACCAUGCUAGACAUUCAUGACAUUACGCUCCAACAGGAGUAACUUCUUUAUUUAAGAAGUUUAUGUCCAACUAUGUCUCUGCUCCAUGAAGGAUAAAGUAUGCAAUUAUACUAUACUAUAUUCUAUACAGUUGCAAAUUUGUUCAAGAUAUGUAAAAUGUUGAUGGUAUGUGAAAUCAAUAAAAACAAUUAAAAAAAAAAAAGUUAAAGAAAGAGAGAAAAUGUAUGCUUUUUGCAGUGAGGUUUGGUCAUAAAGAAAAUUAAUGUUGUUUGACAGAAAAAAACCACAUAAUCUAGCUCUUCAUACACAUAGAGAGCACACUGACUGAAGCUUAUUCUGCUUGAGUAAACUCAUCACAUGUCUACAGGUGCUGACAGACACCUGCAGCAGAGACCGUCUCUUUAAUAUCGAUCUAUGUACCCAAAGGAUUCAGUGCAGGAAUGAUUUAAUGUGAGCAGUUUGGAAACCUCUCGUUCCCGGGUUAUUGAGCGAGGACCCUGCUGCAUGGACAUGGCUGAAUAGAGUGUGUGUCUUUUAUGAGUGAAUGUGAAAACAUUGAUGCCUGGGGUUUGUUAAGUGCCUGCUUCCCUGCGGCUCGUUUAAUCAAUGCUCCUGCCUGCGGUCUCCUCUCGUUCUGUCCUAAUGGCUGCUGGUGAUUUGUCAGUCGGCGUCUCGGCUUGUUAGAGCAGCACUGACACGUGGGUGCAGCUCAUAGAUUGUAUGUAAUGCUUCUUACCUGAUGCAGUAAAUUGACCAUGCUGCAGUCGUUUAGGUAAUGAGCAAUUCUUUUCACAGUGGCUGGUCUGCCGUGAGCCCCAGCUGCUUCCUGCUGUCCGUAUUCACACAUAUUAGCCGUAUAAUAACUCUGCUCUUGACAUCAGUCUGUUUCAUGUCUGCUCUCUUUUUCUCUUUUUCUCCAGUUUUUAAUCUUGAAGUUGGAACGGCCGGCGGUGGUCCAGAGCAUCACCUUUGGGAAGUAUGAGAAAACUCACGUCUGCAACCUGAAGAAGUUUAAAGUGUUUGGUGGGAUGAGUGAAGAGAACAUGACAGAGCUUUUGUCCAGGUGAGAUGUGACAGUCUGCAGAUUCACCUCGUAAAAGAAAACAGGAUUGAUUGUAUCUUAUUGGGAGUGAGACACAACCUAAGAGAGAGAGAGAGAUAACUUAAGGUGGGAAAAAUGUCUCAGAGGCAAUAAGAUAUCUGCUCGACUAUUGAUGUCUGGAACUGAUUUUCUUUGACCCGGUCUCUCCGCAUUAAUUCUGAAUCUACCGGAUUGUUAUCGGUGCCAACACUUUCCACAGAAGCAAUUUCCCCGUACAGUAGCUGAAAGGCUCCAGGUUUUACCUCAUGAUUUCACUGUCCUAUAAACUGAGUUUUGGAUCUUUUAUGCCCCUAAAUGGACUCUAUGAGCUUUUUGGAGGUGAAUGAAACAAACAGCAACAGAGAGAGAGAGAGGGAGCGAGGCAGCAGCUAUUGGUGGAAAGACCUCGUUUGCAGCUGAGACUGCAAGGUGUGGUCAGUCCCAAUCACUCAGUUCAAAGUAUCAUAAUUGAUCUAGUUGAGAUUUCCGUCUUAAACACACGCUGGUGUGAACAUGGCACACCUGCUGAAAGUGAUGCUGAAAUAACAGCAGCAGAUAUGAUUUAAAGGAAGAGAGCAGGAUGGCGGGAGCAGCAGCGAGCACUGACGGAGGUCGAUGAAACCGUGUUCAAGUUUUUGUUUGCUGUGACAGAAUUUAGAUUGGACGUCAAAACGCUCCUCGACUGAAGAGGAUCCGCAGACAGCCUGAACGAUGAGGAACAAAUACAAGGAUCCUGCUCAUGUGUGUCUGAAUGCAGCAAAGUUUGGUCUGUUUAUAAGAGAGUUAUAAAACAAGAUGAAACAAGAUCAGAUUGUUCUGUUUAAUGUGAUACUCGGUCUGGUGGGAGGAAAACAGUAACUCUGUAUUGAUUAUGUCGUUAAAAUACACUGAAGGAGGAUCUGUUAUGAGUGCUGCUGCUGAUUGAAGUGAUAGUCCUCAGUGAGGGUUAUUUUGUGACUCCUGAUGGAUCAGUCUGGACCACAGAUCCACUUCCUGUGCUUCAUAAUGAGUGUAACUGUAAAUAUACUUGACUGUAGUCUGUGUGGUAUUAGAGGACACCUCCAUAAAGCUGAGGCAGCUGUUAACAACGACACGACGACUCUGGAGGAGGUUACUGUUACCCUGUCAUGAGCUGAGAUGGUCUCUGUGACCUGUUGACUGUAGGGCUGCACGACUGAGCGAUUUUAAAUCCUAAUAAAAAUCCACCGUAGGCUCCUCCCCCUUUCUCUAAAAGCGCUCCCCAGUACCCACACACACCAGUGUAAACAAACAUGGCGUUUACAAAAGAAGGUGAUAAUUUCGUGGUUAAAUCGGACAAGAGCAAGUCAGUCGUGUUGAAUUGGUGAAGAGUAAACCACUCCCCGCUGCAAAGUCUGUCUGAAGGCGGUUUCAACCCGUCACCACGGAAACAAAUUCAGGAGGAAACGCUGAAGUUUUUUGUCAUAUCAGCGUUUCAGGUGACUGUAAACGGUACUUUUUGAAAACGGGUCAGAGAGUGAAUAAAUCUGUAAACGACGACCAUUUCAUCUCAGCGUGGAUGUCUAUCCGCAUCUCUAGAAACGAUCAUGUGACACACAGAUGAUCUGAUCUGCUUUUUUUACAGUUUAGCAUCGGCCGAUACUCAUCCGAUUCCGAUACAGAAAAGCUACGCCGAAUUACCUUUAGUUGUAAUUGAAGUUUUACCACCGCUCCUCAGAGCGUUUACUGCGCAGGUAUUAUAAGUGGCCGUUGACCUUGUAGACUGAGUUAGUGUGAUAAAGUUCAAGAUGGCAGACUUCUUUGCUCGCCCUGCUCAGCGUGUUUACUUGUGGAUGCCACUCACGGCGCAUUGGAUAGAAUUGCGUCGGGCUCAUUGUCACAGUACCCGAUCUAGAAUUUUCUUCAGUAUCGGGACUGAUAUCAAAUACCGUAUCGGUGCAUCCCCACACUACAUGGUUUCAGUGUUUUAGUUUUGAGAGAUGAUAGAAAAAGUCUUUAUUUUUAAAGUGAAGUUUGGUGAAGUCGUCACUGAAUAAAAAAUAAAAAAUCGAGUUUUCAGAGAAAAAAAAACAGGAUUUAAUUUUUGGCCAAAAUCGCGCCGCCUUAGUCGACUGACAUGAUCCUGCAGAUGAUGCACCAUCAGCACUGUUCCCGCUCUGUUCCUCCGACACUUCCUUCUGUGUGUUUGUGGACGUGAUGACCCUGGAUUUGCUCUCAGGUUCUCGUGUCGACCUCUAAAGCGGGGCUUGUUUGUUUCCUGCUUUUUGACGAGUGGUGGGUGACAUGGCUUCAAAGUUACGUCAGGGAAAUUUGAUGAUAUCCAAAAAUUAGAAACCAGUGGUGGUAAUAAAUAAAAACAGUGAAAUGCUGCCUUUCAAAGAAGAUUUUGUAGUUGUGUUUCUGUGGAUGUAGCAUGUUUUGUUUCCUCAGCACUGUUCAGUUUCAGACGUCUCUAUUGUUGCUGGACCACAUAAUUAAGUGUCUGUACUUCAUUACCAGUCUGGCAGUUUGUUAAAGAAGACGGCUGAUCAUAGCUGCUAAUUUGCCAAACUCACAAAUGAGGUUUCGUUAACCGCCAGAUUGAGACGACUAUCCAGAAUUCAGCAGCAUAUGGCUGCAGUUGGCAUCUUCAGCGAGCGAUUCAGUCAGUAAAACAGCUUUUUGUUUUUUUGUUUCAGUGGCCUUAAGAACGACUACAACAAGGAAACAUUCACCUUAAAGCACAAGAUCGACGAGCAGAUGUUUCCCUGCAGAUUUGUAAAAAUAGGUGAGAGCCGAUCUGGUCUGAAAGUGAAGGUACGCCGUGGAGGUCGCUGUCUCUUCACCUGAUUUUAACCUUCUUUUCUCUGUGUGUCAGUGCCUCUGAUGUCGUGGGGUCCUAGUUUUAACUUCAGCAUCUGGUACAUCGAGCUGCACGGUAUCGAAGAUCCUGACGUGGUGCAGCCCUGCCUUAACUGGUACAGCAAGGUGAGCACCUGAGGGGAGCCUUGGGAGUUUAGAAACACAGCCUGAAACUGGAUUACAGAGAUAGAGGGCCUAAUUUGCUCUAAUUACAAUUAGGAGGCUUGAAUCUGUAAUAGAGUGGAUUAACCAGCCUGCAGAGGUUCAACAGGGACCUCUGUCCUAUCAGGAGACCGGCUCCGAGGCCUCCCAGCGGUUCAGGUUCCAGUCAAACCUGCAGUUUGAGCCACAGCUGCAUCAGUCGGACAUUAAUGUGAGAACUUUUCAUGAACGUAUCAUCACACUGUCCAGGCUGCGGUUCCUUCUAACGCAAGAUGAACUUAAUCUGAACUUUACAUGUCAGGUCGUGUCAUCUUUAACCGCAGCCUUUCAUGCUUUCAAAGCGAGAUAAUUACAAACAUCCGUCUUCCUGCGGUCUGAAAACUGAAUUCUUGUUCGUUUUUAAGAGCAGAAUUUAACAAGCAGCUUUACUGACUCUAACAGCAGAGGCUUCAGUGAAGAUUUGUGUAUAUUUUAUAUUUAUAUUUGAUCAGCCUGACUCAAUCGGACAAGAGGGUUUAUUUAAUUUGAUUUUGAAUGUAAGUGGGUUUUAAAAAUAUCUCAUUAAAGUAGAGAAAUAAAAGUCAAGGAUCUAUUACAUGAAACUAAAACGUCAUCAAAAGCAGAAGUAUUGAAAGUUUUAGCAUUCAGCUCUUAGCUGAGACUGAGGACACACACACACACGGUUUUUGUGUUGUCCUAAAACUGAUUUUGAGGUCAGGACCAAUUUCAGCCCAGUGGUUCGCCAUGCAGUUUCCCAGGGGGACACGAAAGCUCGUCACAGCCUGAUCUACAUGUUUGUUGAGCGCACGCUCCCUCGCAGCAAAGUCAGGGCCGUGAGCCGAUAAACCAAACUUCACUCGUGUGAAACAGCAGCUGGUGUGUGAAAAGCUCAAUGGAAACAAACAGGUUUACAUUACGACCACCUGUGGAGUUUAAUGCAAUCCUUUACAUGUCUACUACAAACUUUACCUUUUGAAAAGUUCCUUCUUUACUCUUCAUUGUCAUGUCAGGAAUACUACGGAGUAUUAGAGCUACAUUAAGAAAACAGAAAAUUAAAGACUUUGAGAUUAAAAUCAUUAAUUACGAGAGCAAAAUCUGAAAAAAGUCCUUAUAUUCUAACCUGUUGUUUUAAAUGACAGUUGAAAUUAGAGCCAUAAAGAAUUUUGUGAAAAUGUAAUGUAAUAUAUGUUUCUCAAAAAAGGAGAUUCUUAAUCUUUUGGCACAUCAACACCACAUUAUCAUAAGUGUAGAAGUAGUACUAGUUGAUUACGACUUUAUUUUCGUAAAUGAUUACUUUAUUAUGACUUUAUUUUUCGUAAAAAAUGAUUUUACUAUGACUUAAGUCUCAUAAAUAAAACUUUGACUUCAUUCCCAUAAGGAAAUAUUUUACUACAACUUUAUUUUUCGUAAAUAAUUACUUUAUUACGACUCUAUUCUUGUAAGAAAUGAUUUUAUUAUAAGUUUAUUUUUGUAAUUACAUUUUUAAAACUUUGUUCUUGUAAGUAAAGAUUUUACUAUGACUUAAGUCUCGUAAGUAAUUAAUUAAUUAUUACUUUAUUCUCUUAAGAAAUUAUUUUAUUAUGACUUUAUUUUCAUAAUUACUUUUCUACGACUUUAGUCUCAUAAGAAAUGAUUUUAUGAUUAUUUAUUCUCGCAAGUAAUGAUUUUACUACAACUGUAUUUUUGUAAGUACUUUAUUAUGACUUUAUUUUGUAAGUAAUUACUUAAUUAUGAUUUUAUUCUCGUAAGACAUUUUUUUAUUAUGACUUUAUUUUCGUAACUACUUUUUUACAAUUUUAUUCUCACAAGUAAUGCUUUUACUACAACUUUAUGUUUGUAAAUACUUUAUUACGACUUUAUUCUCGUAAGUAAUUACUUUAUUAUGACUUUAUUUACGUAAUUGCUUUAUUACGACUCUAUUUUCAUGAGUAAUGAUUUUACUAUGACUUUAUUUUUGCAAUUACUUUAUUACGACUAUAUUCUUGUAAGAAAUGAUUUUACUACGACUGUAUUCUCACAAGUAAUUUAUCACGACUUUAUUCCCGUAAAUAGUGACUUUAAUCUUGUAGUCUUAAUUUUCUCAAAGUCCUAAUUUUCCUUAAUGUGGCCCUAAUACUCCGUCGUACAGGAAAUAUGAUCACGGUACCUCAUUUUUAAUAAGUAAAGUUGUGUUCACUGACUUUAACCAAACUUAUAUCUAGAAUUUGAGGAUGUGUUUUUUGCAGAUGCUUCAUACAAACUUCUUCAAACUGCAAAAAAAAAAAAAAGUGAAGUCAUUGAAUGCUGCCCUCACCUGGAUGAGUUUUAAACAAACCUUCUGAGCGUGUGCAGUUAACGGCUUUUUGAUUGGAUGUGUUGCAGUACAGAGAACAGGAAGCUAUCCGCCUUUGCCUCAAGCACUUCAGACAGCAUAACUACACAGAGGCCUUCGAAUCCCUGCAGAAGAAGACCCGGAUAGCGCUGGAGCACCCGAUGCUCACACACCUGCACGACCGCCUGGUGCUGCAGGGAGACUUUGACGCCUGUGAGGAGCUCAUAGACAAAGCAGUGAGAGGUGAAGUACCGAAACACCCCGGAUCAAAACCGUCCUCUUGAAUCUGGAUUUUCAUUCCUGCUGGUUGUUAAAUAUUUGAUGCCCUUCUCUCCCAUCCAGACGGUUUGUUUAACCAGUAUAUCAGCCAGCAGGAGUACAAGCCCAGGUGGAGUCAGAUCAUCCCCAAGUGUAACAAAGGUACAAGCGCUCAAGAAAUCAACCGAGACGACAUGAACAGUGAGACCUCCUCUUUAAGAUCCGUCAAUCAAACAUCGCUCUGAAAGCUUGGCCGCCUAGUAGCUAAAUCUGUCCCCUCCCCCGUCUCUCCCUCCUCCCAUCCUCCUCUACGUCAUCUCGCAUGCCCCACGCUCACACACCAUCCUUGUCCCUUCCUUCCUCUCCUCCUUGCUGCAGGUGACGGCGACGACAACAGGCCCGGUAUGAGGGGAGGACAUCAAAUGGUCAUUGACGUCCAGACCGGUGAGACCCACGCAGCCCGUGUUCUGACUCUGCUGUUUAGUUUGCAGUGUGACUCAUCUCCUCCUACACUGACUCAAAGCUCUAUUACUGUUUAAUCAAAUUAACCCUCCUUACUCAUCCGCUCCACCUCCUCUGAAAGAUAACAGUCCUGAGGGCCCUUCUCCUCGGAGAGUGCAGAAAUCACGACUUCUUAUUUGACAUAGACACACAACUAUACAACUGUUGUGUGUUUUUUUUUUUUUUGUACGGUAUUUGGCGACUGUGUUGGUGGUUUACUUCCCCGUCUGAUAUUUGAAACACAAAGGCUGCAUUGAGCGUAUAUGUGUGAUGCUGUGUCUGCAGCUCAUGUCAGAACAGAGUGAAGGUCUGGCAUCCCUCUGCUGUGUGUGUGUGUGUGUGUGUGUGUGUGAGUGUGUGUGAGUGUGUGUGUGUGAGUGUGUGUGUGCCGCCUUUCUGAGCAGGAGCUGUUUGGAGUCGUUAAUGCAGCAGAUCUUAAAUGAUGUCUUUGUCUCUUGCUCUGAUCCUGACCCCAGUUUGAGUCUUUUUAUUCCCGCCAUUCUGAUAGUUGUGGAGCAGCCCUAAAAAUCUGCGACCUUCUCUUUGUGUUUCACGUUCACCUUCCUGUUUUAUCAGUCCCGUCUCAGCCAAAUCCUGUUUUUCUUUCGAUUUUUAAGAUAGUGUUUUUGGUCUUUUUGCGUCAUUGGAGAGGACAGUGGAUCGAGUGUGAAAUAUGGGCAGAAUGAAAGAACGAAAGGGUCAAACUCCGACCGGAGCCUGCUGCUUCAUGGCCUGAAGCAACAGUCCAUAAAUCAGGGACACAAUUCUUCUGGAUUUCUUCUGGACUUUUCAGAGAGCUGAGCCGUGAAUCAUUCAGAGAAGUAAAAACACAUGCGGACAGACAGACGGAUGAGACGAUGAAGACGUCUGAAGACGAGAGCAGGAUCAUACUUCCAAGUAUUCACGCUGAGAUGUGUGUCGAGGCUAGGGAUUGGCGACACGGGCGAAAAAAAGUAUCAUGAUAAGUUUUGCCAUUCUGGAGAUAACGAUAGAAGUCCUGAUAAAAAAUAUUCUUAUUCCAGUCCAUGUUUUUGACUCACUCUGUCUUGAGGAAACCAGUUGGCAUAAUCAAAUAGGAAACUUCACCAUAAUUUUAAGUGGUAGGUUAUAGAGAAAAGUAGUGAUAUCAAACAUGUGAAAACACUUUCAACAUUUAUUGGAAACUGUUAUUGCAUGGAUUAGGGCUGGGCGAUAAAUCGAAAAUUUACUGACACAGAAAUUUAUGACAAUAACUGAUGUCGUUUUGCCCAUAAAGGUAUAUUCAGUGUCAAAAUAAAUAAAUCAAAGUUAGUUUUGGAUGUGUGUAGGUAGGCUAUGGUCUCAUGUCCCUUUAAGACUCUGUCCUACAUCAGAGAUGUGACUCCACCCCAUCCAGUCCGUAACAAAGAGGGACAGACAGGUGAGGAGAUGGAGGAUGGAGAGAAAGUUGUAGCGGCUGAAGUAGACGAAGUUAAUGUGGGAGGGGCUGAGCAGCUUAUGAAGUAGUUAUCGUCCAUUUAUCGUCAUCGAGGUGAACUGAUCAAUAUAUCGUGAUAUUGAUUUGAGGCCAUAUCGCCCAGCCCUAAAAGGAGGGGAGGUUUUCCUGCUUUUUCCUCUGAUGUUUAUCACAUGCCUGAAUCCUGUUUUUCCUGCUCCUGCAGUGGAGAUCUCUGUGAUCAAACGUUAUUGUGUAACAGGAGAAAAACGACUGAUUUGGCUCAGACCUCAGAAUUCCUCAUUUUUUCUUUGUUUUCCUGUCCGACGGCUCACGUUUGUGACGGUUUUACAGCUGCAGAGCAUUCUUUGUGUUCGGCGUAUCGGCUCCGAUCUCAUCACGCCUCACAGAUUUAUACUCCAUGCGGAAAUCUGAGGAGCGAUGAGAUGAGAUCUUAAAAGCUGUAGCCUGCAGGUGGAUGCUGGGAGAGGAUGGGGCUGAAAGUUAAAGUGCAGUGCUAGUUCAGGUAGAGACAGAGCGAAGGGAGAAACCACAGAUCCUGAAGAUUUGAGAAAACUGUCAGUUUAGGACGGCGGUCUCCGACCUUCUGUUCCUGAUGAUCCCCUCCUCUUUAUCUGCGUUAAGCUGAGCUCCUCGGGAACCCCUGCAGGCGGAUGUUUGUCAAAAAUAAACAUCAAUUUGAACGUUUUUAGCUAAAGAUCAGGACGUUUUGCACAGAUUUAUCUACAUUUAGUCAACAUGUGAAAACCAAUUUUAAAGUCCUCCUAAAGGACUCCAGGUUAGGAACCAGUGACUUUGGAGAAUACAUUUGCAACGUGAUUGUGAGAGAUGCCAAGAGUGAAUCAGAGCUGCUGGAGUUGGCCGCUUUAACGGUGUCCCAUCAGAGUCUCAUUAAGAGGACAGAGUGAUUAGAUUUUCGCACACGAAAGGUCAAAGAUGUGAACUUAACUGUGACAUUAAAACGCCCUACGAUAAGACCCCGAUAGAGUCCACUCGGAUAGUUCACGGGUCAUUGUGACCUUGUGUCUUUGUCGUAAAGUUUCAGGAACACCUGGAGGGGACUCAGUUACAUCUGCUUCACUUUUACUAAUUUUUUCAUCAGCGAGUGGAAAAUCUCCUCCGUUCAGUCUCUAUCAUAAGAAAGGUCUACUGUAGACUGACAGACAAAGACGCUUAUUUGUUUAUUAUCAGUUUGCAAAUUUUUUCUCACGUCGAAGUAGGGCUGGGCGAUAUGGGAAAAAGUUUUUGACUUUAUAUUUUUUUCAUAUCAGUCAAUAUCGUAAUUCGACAUAAUUUACAGUCCACAUUAUUCUGCUUCAUGUCCGACCUCAAAAAACCAAAAUACCUCCACACCACCAACAUCAAAAAAAAAAUCAGAUAUGAGUCAUAUAUGGUUAAAAGAUCCUGCAGUGUGAACACAGCCUUAGUUCUAAUUCAGCACAUGGUUGGUUGAGCACGAAGUGGACCCGGAGAAACUCCCCUUUUCAUUGGUUAUUCGCAUAAUGUACCAAAACAUGUCAGAAUGUUUCAUAUCGAUAUCGAGGGAAAUUGAUUCUUGAUAUAUUUAUCAUUAUUGUUUGAUCGCCCAGCCCUACAUCAAAGCCACAGUUAGAAAAACUGAAAUAAACUUUGUUAUUGUUUUGGGCUUUUUGCAAACUAUCGUGUUACUGUCAGAGAUUCUGUCUCUUUUAAAUCUGGACUUUUGAUUGUGUCUUCUCCUCUUCUCCCAAUCCAGACACGACAGCAGAGUCAUUAAUCUCCCGGUGAAAUAUUUAUUUAAUCCAGUUCAGCCUCGACCUCUUAGCAGCUCCAGUUUACUUUACAUGGCACUGAAACAUUUUUGAAAAUCCUGGAAAACUAUCAUGUAACAUUUAAAAUGCAAAUAUUUCAACUUUUCCCCGAUCCCCCAGCACAAAACAAACCCACUGUUUGUCUCGAAGAGUGACUCAGUGAACACAGCUCUCAUUUUCUGGCCUGUAUUCUUGUUUUUGGAAUCGUAGCAGUAAUGGCACAACUUUUUUCCUCCCACACAAGAUUCUGAUACAAUCGCAACUUCCCACAACUCCCAUCUGCCCGAGCUUUGGCAGCCUGUAUCUGACCUCAACAAUGAUUUGGCAGCCCGCUUUCUGAACCAGCACAGGGUGUGGAGGGAUUAUUUUUUGAAGAUCAGACUCUCUUGUUGUUGGUGGUAGAAAAUGUCAAGGCAAAAGCAACAAUUCCAGGGCGUCGAAAAUUACUAAUACCGUGUUUUAGAUGAGGGUGAGCGAAAGGUGAGAAACACCAAACCUGUGCAAACAGAUUAAACGAACGGUCAUCUGAACCCGCGUCUGUUUCAACCUUUCUUCAACUUCUGUCUGAGUUUAUCUGCAAACUGCAUCCUCAAAAUCAUCACAUUGACGUCGGUCCGGUUCACCUUUCAGAUGUUGAAUGUUGUGAAGCUGCUGCAGUUCAUGGAUUUUUCUCUUACAGAGACCGUGUACCUGUUUGGGGGCUGGGACGGCACACAGGACCUGGCUGACUUCUGGGCGUACAGUGUUCAGGAAAACCAGUGGGCCUGCAUCUCCAGAGACACGGAGAAAGAGGUGAGGGGUUCAGGAAAUACUGUGUCACACAUGAACCCUGAAAUAAUCCAACUUAUUAAUAUUAUUUUAUCUUCUGUGAACCAAUCAGAGCGGUCCAAGCGCACGCUCCUGUCACAAGAUGUGCAUCGACUCUCAGCGACGGCAGAUCUACACGCUGGGUCGGUACCUGGACUCCAGCGUCCGGAACAGCAAAUCCCUGAAGAGCGACUUCUACCGAUAUGACAUCGACGCCAACACCUGGACGCUGCUCAGCGAGGACACGUCAGCCGACGGAGGGCCCAAGUUGGUGUUUGACCAUCAGGUUAGACUGAACCUUGAAUUUUUUUGAUAUCUACUCUACAGCAGCAGGAAACGGGCCGAACUGUAAACUGGAGCCACGCAGAGCUUGAGCUUAAUUGGUCCAAAUGAGAUAAAACGAAGCCAUCGGCUGCUGAAAAAAGCAGCUCCGUUUAACAGUAAAUGGUAAAUGAUGGUAAAACGAAGUUUGCUCUGAAACAGGAUUAAAAAAAAAAGCAGAUGUGCUUCAUUCAGCGGUUUGUACCCUGAAAUCCCUUUAAAUGGUUUGUCUCAUCCAUCCAUCUUGUGGGAGCAGCCUGAGCAGAGAAGCUCAGACUUCCCUCCCCAUGCUUUCCUACCGAUUGGACGUGCCCAUAACGCCUUGCCAGCAAGGCGUCCGGGAGGCAUCCUGAUUGGAUGCCCAAGCCACCUCAUCUGCCUCCUCUCAAUGCGGGGGAGCAGCGGCUCUUCUCUGAGCCUCUCCUGAAUGCCCGAGCUUCUCACCCGACCUCUGAGGGAGAACCCAGCCUCGUUCUUGUGAUCUUGUUUUUUCGGUCAUUUCCCACAGCUCCUGACCAUAGGUGAGGGUAGAAACGUAGAUGGACGGUAUAUCGAGAGCUUUGCCUUUUGGCUCCGCUCCCUCUUCCUCUGCCUGUCGAUCUCCCGCUCCAUCUUUCCCUCACUUAUGAACAAGACCCCGAGACACUUGAACUCCUCCACUGGGGCACUCCACUUCUUUGUGGCUGAGAACUGUGGACUCAGAUUUGUCUCAUGUUGACAUUUAUUCAAACAGAAAGUGUUGUGAUUUCUCAUUCGAUUAAAAAAGUGUCUGACUAAUAUUCAAGUGUCGAAAAACUUUGUUCCAUCACAAAAGGAAAUUUCUCCGAGCCAAAGAAGUUUAAAAAAUGACCAGUCGGCAGAAAACGAGCCAGUAGUAAUUUCAUAAACGGAUUACUCGAGUCAUUCUGACGCACGAGUCCAACACUGUUCCUGGCUCAGCUUCUCGAAGCUGUCUUCUCUGACUGCGUUUGCGGUUAUUGUUGUUCGGAUAUAAAAGAAACGUCCGUUCAGACGCCGUCUCUCACACCGUCUGCACAAAGUGGAUUCAUGGCUGUGCGGCUCAGUCAACAGAGCAGCGCAGGUGGACGUAGGCUGCGUUCAGGAACAGUCAGAAGUGCAGGUCAGGCUUGUUUUGGCAGCUCUCGGAGAGCAGCACACACCCACUUCAAACCCAAGAACAUAAAUCUCAUAUAUUACAAAGACUAUUAAUCUUUGUGGUCGUUUUCAGUCACAUCUCCGUAACUUUUGUGAGUUUGGUCCAUUAUUCUUUAUUAACUCAUCAAAACUGAGCGGACAUCAACGUCAAAGUGAAUUUAUAUCCUUUAAGGUCACAGUGACACCUUUUUCAGUGUCGCAGUUAUGUAAGAUGUUUGUAGGACGGCAGCCUGAAGAUGCCAAAAGUGAAAAUCAGUGAUUAUAGAAAAUGUAGAAUAACAUUUAAGUGGAUGAAAUGAUCUGUAACAUCGUUUUUUGCAGGUUUUAAUGCAGAUUAAAACGUGGACUUAAAUAUUCUAAAGUGAUUCUGAGAUUUCCGUCUUUAUUCCUCUUUAAAAACAGUAAAGAUAAAAAAACAGACCCGCUCACCUUCCUGUUACCCUCCGUCUGAACUCUCCUCCUUCUUGUUUUCCUUUUUUGUCCUUUCGCUCUCUCCUCUCUUCUUCCUGCAGAUGUGCAUGGACUCAGAGAAGCACAUGAUCUACACGUUCGGCGGUCGUAUCCUGACGUGUAACGGCAGCGUGGAGGAGAGUCGGACGUCAGAGCCUCAGUUCAGCGGCCUUUACGCCUUCCACUGCCAGGCCGGGACCUGGAGCCUCCUGAGGGAAGACUCGUGUAACGCUGGGCCAGAGGACAUCCAGUCCCGUAUCGGGCACUGCAUGCUCUUUCACACUGUGAGCCAGCUCCGCCUUGUUUUUUUUUAAUGUAAACGUCAUCAUGAGCUCCGAUGUUAAUCCUCAUUUUUGUGUCUUUACAGAGAAACCGCUGUCUAUACGUAUUCGGAGGUCAGAGGUCAAAGACGUACCUCAAUGACUUCUUCAGUUACGACGUGGACGGAGACCACGUAGAAAUCAUCUCUGACGGCACGAAGAAGGACUCAGGCAUGGGUAAGAUUGACCCCUUAUGUACAUCACAGACCAUCUGCACCAGACCCCGAGUCCAAGGGGGUAGUUCACGUAUUAAAGGAGGUCCAGUCCAAAUAGUUCGGAAGCAUGUUGCAUUUAAUUACAAAAAACAAAAAAAGGAACUGUUUUUUUUUUUGGGGGGGGGAUUUUUUUUUUUUCCACUAUUUUUUUCUCACUUUUCUUUUCUUCUGUUUUUUUUUUUUCGUACUGAUAUUUGUUUCCCUUUUUUCUGGUUUUCAGACAAAUUUUAAUUCUUUUUUUUGUACUAUUUUUUUUCCUGACUGAAAUAUUUCAAAAUCUUACAAGAAUCUCAUAUAAUCAGAUAAUGUUCACCAUCGCAGCUGCUCCAAAUCUGCGGAUUCUCCAGCUCCAAGAUAACUUCGACUACGGACAACGUAAAGCAUGUUAUUAGUUAAACAUCAGGGUAUGCAAAUCCUGAAGUUGACAAACUCGUGACGAGUCCAUCUAUCUGACUAAAAGAAAGGAGGAUCUCUCAGCAUCUCAAACCCAAAAGAAAGUCAAACUCGAUUAAACUUAACAAGGUGGCCGUGUUUGCUUCCAAGAAGUCGAGCAGAGGGAGACGAAAGCGUCUGAUUUUAAAUUAUGAUCCCAGAGAAGAGGAAAAACAAUUAGUCUGAAAAACAAAACAAAAAAAAAUAUGAAAAACAGAAAAGAAAAAAAUUUUUUUUCAAAAAAACAGAAAAAAAUUACUUUGAAAAACAGAGCUUAUUCUUUUCUUUCUGGUAAAUAUAAUACGCUUCCGUAAAACAGCUUAAUACACUGAAAUGUGUGGGUUAGUGAAUAUAAUUCUGCUUUAUCUAUUCUGUCUGGAUUUCUUUAUUGAACCUUAAAGCUGAGAUUUCAAGAUUUGAAAGUCUAAUUUUUUCCCAAAAUUAUGAAGUCUUUUAAGUGACAACAUUUUCAGUUUUGACUGUUUAGAUGAUGAUGAUGUUAAAGUAUAAAACAGGAACACUCCUCCAGGUUAAAACAGAUGUACAAGUUUUCCUAUAACCAUGAUCUGUUGAUACAGACUGACUUUUUUUUAUCCAAUUUAAAACAACAGUCAGCGUUUUUAAUCAAAUUCAACCUGGUUUAGUUUUUUCUGCUGUACCUACAGAGUCGUGACCCGUACAUAUAUGUGUGUCUGUGAAAUAUCCGGCAGAUACAUGGCCGCUCAUAAAUGUUAUUAAAGCAGGAAACACUUUGUGACCUUGCGGAUCAAUCACAGGGCUCAUGUCUGCGCCUGUGUGCAGAUUUCUGCUGAUGUGCAAGACCUCCGGGACCCCAUGACGUAGAUAAAACACAGGAUUAUAAACCCAAACUGAAACGUCACGUCAGUCAAGCUUGUGUCUGCGGAAAAUAACAAACCCCUGAUACAGAAGUGAAGCUGAACUGCUCCUCCUGAACUGACCACUUUCACAGACUCGUAUUUAAUCUGUUACCACCUGAGCCCUGUGUCUGAGUGCUCCCAGUUUACCCUCCCUGUUGCCUCGUGGGUAUUACUUAACUCAAACCUGAGGCUCCUUUAGAUUCGAUAAACAACCUGCGAACAUGACAGGCACUCCUCUAAUGGGUUCCUCGUGUGUGUCUCUGCUUCUGUCGUCGGAGAAGAUGCGACAGAUCCUUUUCUUUCAAAGUCACACACUUCCUGUCCCGACACGCAGAUUGACUGACUGCCUGAACACAGUAUAAACAAACCUCCGUCUGACGGGUGUUCACCUCUGUCCUGCCAGAGACAAGCAGGGAGAGGAAAUCUGGACAGAGACCGAGAGAGAGAGCGAGAGAGAGAGAGAGAGAGAGAGAGAAGUAGAAAUCUGAAAUGGAGUGAAACAGAGCAGCAGAAGAGAACAGAAUGUGUUUUGGCAGGAAGGAAGCAGGAAGCUCAAACAGUUCUCUCUGUCUCAUAAUCAAUGUCACAUGUUGAUGAGUGCUGCGGCUCAGAUCUGCAGCAGCUUCUCGUCCUCCUCGUCCUCACGCUCUGACCUCUAACACCAGACUGUCGGAUAUCGGUCACCCAGGCUGCUGCCUCGCUCUCCAACAGGUCAGGACAGAGUGACAGAGCGCAUACACAGCUGAACGAGUGUGGUACCUAACUGGGACGUGUGGAGGAGGAGGAGAGAGGAGAGCAGGGAGAGGAAGAGGAGGAGAGAGGAGAGCAGGGAGAGGAGCAGGAGGAGAGAGGAGAGCAGGGAGAAAAAGCAAAGAAAGAAAGGAGAGCAGGGAGAGGAAGAGGAGGAGAGAGGAGAGCAGGGAGAGGAGCAGGAGGAGAGAGAAGAGCAGGGAGAAAAAGCAAAGAAAGAAAGGAGAGUAGGGAGAGGAGAGCAAAGAGAGGAAAGCAGGGAAAGGAGCAGGAGGAAAGAGGGAAGGGGAGAGGAGAAGAGGGAAAGAGGAGAGCAGGGAGAAAAAGCAAAAAAAGAAAGGAGAGCAGGAAGAGGAAAGAGAGAGGAGAACAGGAAAAGGAGGAGAGGAGAGAGAAGAGAGGAGCAGAAGGAAAAAGCAAAAAAAGAAAGAGGAGAGCAGGGAGAGGAACAGGAAGAGAGAGAAGAGCAGGGAGAGGAAAGAGAGGAGAACAGGAAGGUGAGGAGUUGGAGAGAGGAGAGAGAAGAGCAGGGAGAGGAGCAGGAAGAGGAGGAGAAGAGAGAAGGAGGAGAGCAGGGAGAGAAGCAAAAAGACAGGAGAGCAGAAUGAGGAGAGCAGGGAAAGGAGAAGGAGUGAGGAGAGAAGGGAGUUGAGGAGGAGAGCAGGGAGAAAAAAGGGGAGAGGGAAGAGCAGGAAGAAAGGGAGGAGAGGAGAGCAGGGAGAGAGGGAGGAGAGAGUAGAGGAGAAAGAAGAGCAGGGGGGUGGGCGGAGAGAGGAGAGCAGGAGGAGAGAGAAGAGCUGGGAGAGGAAGAGGAGAGAGGAAAGGAGAGCAGAGCAGAGAGUUGAUUCAUGUGUCUGAAAAGCAAAGGGACAGAAUGAUCAUGUUAACAGAGAGAGGCUGAAACAAUCACCAUGGAGGAGCCUGAUCAGACUGCCUGGAUAAACAGUGACAGUCCAAAUCAUAAUCAAAUAAAAACCAAAUUCUUUAUUAUUAAGAACGUUUUAUAAAAGCUUAAAAAGACCGAAGGAUUUAUUCAAUAAAUUGAAAAAGGUAAAAGAGCUCAAAUCCUCCAUUUUGAUGACACAGUGUGGAAAUAACUCAGUAAAAGUGAAAUCUGUCAUUAAAUUUAGUGUUUAACUAAAAAUGAAGACAAAGCUCUUAAAAAGGAGAAGUGCUGAAGGUGUCUUUAAGGACAUCAACAGAUUUUCAACUAUCUGCUGAGGUGGUGUCACAUCUGUUAGGAUAAUAUGAAGUCAAUAUCUAAAGGAACCUGAUAGUUAGCUCGGCUUUAUCUGGUUGCAUAAAAGUUAUUAAAGUGCACCUGCUGAAUCACCGUCCAGCCAAGACAGAGUCACAUAAAACUCCUUCAAGUGGAAACUGCGGUUUUGUAAUAAAAUGAAGUUGUUGUUGUUCUGCAGAAGAAGCUGAGUACAGCCUUUAACGUCUUGUUUCUGGUUUACCUCCAAAUUAAAACCAGCGCUCGUACUUGAAGGAUGUUGAUGAAUAACAGUUUGUCGUCUGUUUCUGGUUCUGGAAACCUCGGAGGAUAAAUCUGCAUCUUGUUGUGAGGAUGUUUUACUUUGACGUGGCGGUGCUUUGCUCGCUUUUAUAGGAGUUUUAUUUUUUCUAAAGCUGCUCAGAGUUCUGCCAAGAAGAGUUCGGUCCCUUUUGUUACAUAAACCUGUUGAACAAAAGUCAAAUCUGGAUUAAGUUUUCAGAUGUAGUCCAAUAAGAUUUACUCUGCUGGCUUGAGUCGACACUGACUUUCUCUUGGAUGUUUUUUUAAACUUUAUUUGUGGUGUAAAAAUUUUGUUGCUUGUUGUAAAAUUCCUCCGAAGAGUUUCGACCUUCCUGCAAACUGCUUUUGUUGUGUGUGAUAAACUUUAUUUAUAAGUCAAAGAAGUUUGAAGUCUGCAGAAUAUCUCAAACUUUAAACUCUGAUAAUCUAAAAGAUUUAAAGUACAUGUAGUUAAUUGUGAUAUGAGAAAACAGCUGUGGAUGAGAUCUCAGCUUUGAUUCAGCCUCGAACAGCUGAUCAUUAUUUUAUAGCUCGAUUGCUUUAAUGGCCGUCAGUAAAUCUGCGUCUGAUUAAUCCAGACUUUUUAAACUUUAUGUUGAACAAGAAAACUAAGAUUAACUUCUCUUGUAUAUUUGUAAUUUUAUAAACACAGACUUACGUCGUGUUCCAGGGUUGCCAACUCCUCAGUAAGGAAAGUCACUAGUGGCUGUAAAUCGCUAGAUGACGUCAUCGCCUAAUUUGCAUAAUUUCUCUGUCAAACCCACUGUAGCCGCGGAACCCCAAACCCCCGGGAGGAGGAGGAGGAGGAGGAGGAGGAGGAGGAGUCUUCUGCGGGGUGUCUGAGGGUCGAUGUCUGUGUUUUUGAUGCACACCAGCUACCCAUUGAGAAGAGUUACAUCGAUUCCUGCGUUCAUGUUAGAGUCUCUUAACUCCAGAAAAAGUCGCACCAUUUGUAGCUUGGCGCUUUUUUGAACAUAAGUCGCUAAAUCUAGUGACAAAGUUGACAGUGUUGACAACACUGUGAUGUACACAAAAGGUCCGUUUUCUGAAUGGAACCAGAGCGAGGAAGAUACAUAAAUGAUACAUUGAUGAUGCAUCGUUGCAAUUUUUAGCGACUCUCCCGCCGAAUGCGCACAAGGCUACUGAGCAAUGUUGGUUUUAGGAAGUGGAGAAAAACGCGGAAUUACCGAGAGCUCUUCGGCUUCAAAUCUGUAUACUGGUAGAAGGAGGCACCAAGUUGAAUACAGUAAAUACAGUCUGUGGCAAAUAUAGUAUGAUAUGAAAGUGAUGGCUACACAUGUGAGCUGCAAUAAAAGAUGAGCUUCAAUCUCAAACAUGGACUCAUUUAUUAAGAGUGCCGAAUGCCACACAUCGUGGAGCAUGGUCUGCUCAUUUUUAUGUUGGUGCUGAUCUGGUUCACACCACCAACCAAAAACGAACCGUACCAAGGAGGUAAACGCUCCGGGGUUCAGCUCAACUGGACUAAACAAGUACUUAAGUAAUACACAUGCAUCUGCUCCUUCGUUCUCAUCCGUCAGUGUUAUAAAGAGAGGGAGCAGGGUUAACUCUGCAGGUGGACUUGUACCUAUCUAGAAAUCAGUCCUCGCUCUGGACCACUUCUGCCUUCGCUGUCGUCAUGUUUCCACGCUGUUAUUCUGGUUAAACAUGCAGUUGAUCUGAGGAACGGUGGAUUUCUCUGCGCUGUUUCCUUCAGAUUUGUAAACUCCUCCGUCAAAACCUGCAGUUUUAACAUCUUUAACCUCCUCUGUUUAAAUGAAGUGACCUGGACUUGUUUUGAUGGAUUGAUAUCAUAUCUGUGAUCACAGUUAGUGUGCUGUAAAGAAGUAAUGGACGCCUGUAGUGCUUGCCGCUCGGUUCCCACACCUUUAAAUGAAAUCAGCUGACCUGUUGGUGCGAUAUUUAACGGAGAUAUAACGAGGUUACGUAAUAAAUGCAUUCUUCAGCAUGAGCUGUGCGUGCAGCCGUACCAUAAAUAAUGUUUACAUGAUCUGAUCCGUCUCCCGAUAGCGGCCGUGGAGUCUGUGAGUUGCUGUCGCCGUUGACCCACAAAGGGAAGUGUAAUCUGUCGUUUCUGGUGCCGUGCUCCGCCCACAGCAGCCUGCAGAAGAACAACAGUGUGUCGGCGUUUUUGUCUGUCCUAUCAAGCUGAGUUUGCAUUCUGCUCACUCUGUGUCUGCAGGGCCUUGUUGCCAUGGCAGUGUGUUGCAGGAUUACAGAGGAGUUUGUUGUUAUAAAUGUGUGUAUUUCCUCUGAUAUUCUGCACGAAUCUUAUUUUUAUGCUCCUCUCUGUUUUGUUGUUUUUACCUCCACAGUACCCAUGACGGGAUUCACGCAGAGAGCCACCAUCGACCCGGAACUCAACGAGAUCCACGUCUUGUCAGGCCUCAGCAAGGACAAGGACAAACGAGAGGAGAACGUCCGCAACUCCUUCUGGAUCUACGACAUCGCACGCAACAACUGGUGCGACUGAGUACAAUAAACAAACACACACACACACACACACACACCGCAGCAGCAGCAGCGCAGCAACAAAAGAGCAGAGAGCGCUCGCACAAACACAGACUCACAGGAAACCCUUUCACAUAACAUCUCUUUGUAGCCGAGAUCACAACAAACCACAGCAAAAAACGACGACACACGCAUUCAGUUUUCAACAUUUGUCACAUUUCGAGGCAUUUCCUGACCCCUCAGCCCUCCACCAGGGAACAGCGUGUUCCUAGCGUGUCAGUGCGACCGUGUGUGUCUGCAUGCGGGUGUGCGCAUGUCACGUUUAGAUGAGUGAUUGUGAAAGAACAAGCUGCAGCCCUCGCUGUUCCGGUACAUUGACUCCAGUAGCUGUUCUCGUACUCGGUGUCCAGUGAAAUCAGUCAGCGAGACACUUGCAGCGUUAUGGUGACUUGUGCUUGUUUCUCUCUGCGUGUGAGCGUGUGUGUGUGAGUGCAUGCACAUGCUGAACACACUGAAUAUGUGAAGGAGCUCUCUCUCUCUCUCUCUCUCUCUCCUUCGUUUCUAACUUCACUCUUCCUCCUUAUUUGUGCGUGUUUAACGCUCAGGUCGUGCGUGUACAAGAACGAUCAGGCGGUGAAAGAAAACCCGAGUAAAGCUCUGCAGGAGGAGGAGCCGUGUCCACGCUUUGCACACCAGCUGGUCUACGAUGAGAUGCACAAGGUAACACACACUCACACACACACACUCACACACACUCUGCAUCACAAACACUCAGAUAGUAACACUCAAACAACACAUCAGAGCGGAGCUGCAGCUCAGUUUCUGUCAGAUUUUAAUUCAAGCUGCAUCAAAUUAACGCUCACACAUCUGGCUGCUCAUCUCCUGUCACAGCCACACUUCAAAAGAGCGUUUUUCCUCGUUAGAGCGGCGAGAAGGAGACGAGGACAGGGAAUAAUUUAACAAAGAACGGGGUCGGUGUGGUGUCAGAAAUCCCUGACGUUCAGAGGGUCCAGAAAGCAGCAUUUUCUCCAUUUGUCCACAAGGUGGCAGCAACAGCAGGGAAAGAUGUCAGACUGUCAGGACUCAGAGAGACGCGCUGUAUCGAAUUUUUCACACUAUAUUGUGCGCCACCAGGCUGUGCAGCUUUGUAGCUCACCGAAGUCGUAAUAAAACAUUUUGGCAGAUUUUUUAGCGCUGUGUACCACAUAAAAUCUGUUCGAGGUCAGUAAGCACAACCAGAAUUAAUACAUAAGGGGCACCUGAUAAUAAGGCGCAUUGAGGAUUUUUGAGAAAAUUAAAGGAUUUGAAGUGCACCUUAUAGUGCAGAAAAAUACAGUAUUUUACUGAGUAAGAGAAAAGCAAUGCCUCCGUCCAUUCACGUCCACCACCGAGGACGACAGCGAGUCAUCUUCAGAAGGCGGGGCUAAAACUCAGGGCGUGCACCAGAGAGAUGCAGCAGCAGUUUUCUGAGAUGAUUUCAUUUAUGAGACAAUAUUGAUGUUUUUUUUCUUUGCUUGUGGAUCCUGGAAAAAAAACAAAAACGUUUCAGACUCGCCUCCGAAUGUCUCAGGGCUGAAAUAUCGUAUAAAAACCAAACAUGACCGUCCCUUUAAGACAUCCUGCUUCUGAUGUGUUCAGUGCCGAUCAUUGAACCAGUAUAACCAUUUAAUGAAUUAUGAUCCUGAGUUGGCAUUAGCAUGAACGAUAACACACAUCCAGUUAAAGCUGAACCCCGAGAGAUAAUGAAAAAUAACCAUCGAUGUUAACGAGUCAAUGAAGUUAUUUUCUAUUGAACUCAGCAACAGUUCUUUGAAAACAAUCAAAUCAAUAUAAUAUACAUUCAGACGCAAAUACGACUUAAUUCAAACUAAUAACAGACUUAUGUUAACCCCCCAAACCUGAACCUCCUGAGUCUGUAUUUAUUUAUGGGUUUUGAUGGUAAAGAUGAUUUGGUUUUGGGGUUUUACAGCUCGAAGCUCGUAAUUCCUGUUUUUGUUGAAUAUGAUCAGAGUGUUUCCUGCAGCAUCUUCGAUGUUUUCCUUCAAAUUAAAGUAAAUCUAAAAGGAAAAUGCCAAAAGUGUUUGUCAGUUUCAGGCAGACGAGUCGAGAUAAGACCUUGAGGCGAACCGUCAUCAUCCUGUCAGGGUCUAUCUCAUCUAUAAUGCCCUACUUGUUGUACAUUACUCCUUAUGUAAUGUGCUUUUCCUUCUCCAGCCUUAUGUAAUUCCCUGAAUGUAGUUUUUAGUUUUGAUGUUUUGGUCGUGUAGCUGAAGGAUCUGAAACUAUAGUGUGUUUUUUUUCGGUGUUUCUGCAGGUGCAUUACCUGUUUGGUGGAAACCCCGGGAAGUCGUGUUCCCCGAAGAUGCGCCUGGAUGACUUCUGGUCCCUGAAACUGUGUCGGCCCUCGAAGGAGUACCUGCUCCGCCACUGCAGAUACCUCAUCAGGAAGUACAGGUCUGUGUCAGCGCGUGUAACCGAUGCAUUAAUGUGACAUACUGAAGGAUUUCUCUCAGCUGUGACAUCAAACACGACUGUAAUAAACAUGUCAGAGCGGAGUUUUUACAUCAGGGUGUGUCCUCUUUAUCUGUAAGAAGUGAUCUCUUAAUAUCACCACACAUGCGUGAGAAUAAACCCGCAUAGUUCAAAUUCAGCUUUAUUUUUAUGGCACUUUUCAGACUAAAAAAAUGGAGUUCAAACACAGACACAUACCCACCCUCACUCACCCACACAUACACACACACAAGUGCACACAGAGUGACAGUUUAGGAUGUAUUGUUAAAGAGACAUGGCCUGACACCGAGACAUUACGUGAGGAAAGAGCGACCUCUGGGAAACACACACAGAGAUACAAAUAAAAAUGGUAGAAACACUAAAACCUGAUGGACUAAAAGAAGAAAAUAAUAUUAAAUGAACAGAGAAGUAAGAGCUCUUUACCCGGUAAAAGGAGUAAAAGAAGUAAAAACCUCGAAGACGGGAGUUAAGAAAAAGACUAAGAACAGAGAUAAUUAUAAAAUGACAUAAAAUAAACAUGAAGAAAUCUGAUUAAAAUGGACAUUUGCAGUAAGAUUAAUAUAAAAAGGCAGUUAGUGAAUGACCUGAUUAAAAAGGUGAGUCUUGAGCCUCUAGUUGUGGAUUUGGAUGAAACUCGAAGACUCUGAAGCAAAAGUUUCAGCUCAGCAGGAGAAACCAGGAGUCAGAAAAACCUCGUUAUAAAGAUUUCACAUAACUUAACGAGAAUCAUCGACCAUUUAUGGUCAUAAAGAGGCGGGCACUAUAGAGUCAUUUUUACAUGACCUCAAAAAAUCUCACAUGAUAAUAAGAGGAGAGGUGUGGAGCAUCAAAAACAAACAGACAGUUCUGCAGUGAGACGACACUCAUGAGGUCAUUAAUCAUGAUUAUCAUCUAAUUACAAUGAUUAGUCAAUAUUAAAGUAAGGAGUGAAUUUAUUUCUGUAAAAACAUCCUGAGAGAAAACUGUUCUGCUGAAGUUCUGCUGAUGUACCGGCUCGGUAUCAUCUCUGCUGUGCGACUGUCACCAUCUAGUGUUUGUUCACAGUAACUGCAGCCUCACACUGUUUAUGUGGCGUAUCCGUAAAACCCUGCUGUGUUUUGAUUCUGCAGGUUUGAGGAGAAGGCCCAAUCAGAACCACUGAGCGCGCUCAAAUACCUGCAGAACGACCUGUCGCUGACGGUGGACCACACAGACCCUGAUGAGACCAAAGAGGUACUGGAUCUGGAUCUGGAUCUGUCCUGAACUUGACAGACUUGAUGUUUCUGGAUUUCUUCACUAUGAUCUCUGUGUGUGUGUGUCUGAUGUUGAUGUUGUGCUUCAGUUUCAGCUCCUGCCUUCGGCUCUCUUCAAGUCCAGCUCCGACUUCAUCCCUUUAGGUAAGACGGAUCUAUCAUCUAUAAUCGAUCAUGAUCAGGUUUUGAUGUGACACUUUCUGAUACUUCAGAUGAUACUGAUACUUUCCUCGACACACCCCCUCUGGUAGAGCGAGAAGCCGACCGGCAGAAGAUCCUACGUCCUACCGUGUUGACAUGUCAGAGACUAAUCAGAGUUAUUUAUGUAACAUGAGCCACGAUAAAAGACGAUAAAAAUGACCUGUUCAACUAAAACUCUGCUGUCUCAGCGUCUGUUUUCUCCACCGCUCCAAGGAUGACCCGAUGGUUAUUCCAGUUAGAUUCCUCGCUUGGUCACAUUUCCUCUUCGUCGCCGCCCUUUCUUCUGUCGGCGUUUUCUUCCCACUUCUGGCGGUGGGGCGAGCAGAAGUGUUUUUUUUUUUUUUUGCGUCCUUCUCCGCUGCUACGCUGCUUUUAGCCGCUCAGAGCUCUGAGGAGGGCCGAGAGAGUGGGAGGGGACGAGUCAGAACUACGAGAGAGGGGUGUGUCGAAUACAGCGAGGUGAUUGGAUGGAGUGGCGGAGCAGGAGAUUGACCAAUAGGAGCUUUUCGGGACGGAUGGCUCCCAUUAGUCAAUGUUUUUGCAGCUCUGCACCUGAUAGGGUGAACAGAUGUUUCCGUUCUUUUUUCUCUUCACUUCGUGGAGAUUGCACUAUAGGACCAUGAUCGCCAUAGAAACGAGGUUCAUAAUAAUUACCAAUCUCUCCAAUCGUCAACCAUGACUUUAAGAUUAAAAUUUGGAUCAGACAAAAACCUGGUCGUCUUAAAGAAGGUUUCAAACUUUUUUCACAACGUUUGUUUCUUAAUCCGCUCGCCAAACUCCACCUACAAGCCUUUUUUAAAACUUUAAUUAAUCUUUAAUUUCUCGUUGGACACGCCGUCGUCGUCUUUUAUCGGUUCCUUACAUCAGUCUGUGUCGGAUUUAGACGAAUUAACCCUUUAAUUUCUCCCUCUCAGGUUUCUCAGACGUGGAUCAGACGUACGCUCAGCGGACACAGCUCUUCGACACGCUCGUCAACUUUUUCCCGGACAGCAUGACCCCGCCUAAAGGAAAUCUAGUCGACCUCAUCACGCUCUAGCCCCUCCCACUCUCAGCACCCACCCCGCCCCCUUCACCUCCUCACCUGCUGGACUGACUGAACACCUGCCCAUCUCUGCACCUGAUGGGAUCCGGGACACAGAGACCAGUUAUUUUUCUAUUCCUGAUGGCGAGGUAAACACACACGCCAACAACACUGCGGGUUCUGGAUGUGACGGAAAUGCCAGCGACCUGAAGCGUGUGCUUCCCUUCUCCUCGAACCUCCUUUAGUUUGUUUCUCAGACUUCGCUCAGCUCUUCUUCUCUCUGCCAAACAUCGCUUCUUCUCUUUUUCAUCUUCUCCUGUUUUUUAUUUUAACCCGUCGUAGAAACUUAAGGCCAAAAAAGAGGAUUCGCAUUCGUCUUCUCAGAGUUUUCCCUUUUCUUUUCUCUCUCUUGUGGUUUAAUUUGUUCUUUGGACGCCCACACAGUCAGACGCCGACAUCUCGAGCAGAACAGAGGAGAUGAAAUAGUUUGUUCUGAAUCCGUCUGAAGGAAGGGCAGAGUGACCGUGACACAGGAAACCGUUUCAGUCAGCGCAGCUUCAAACCCUGAUCCUGAUUCGUUAUCAGGCGGUCUAACUCAUGAAUGUGACAGCCUAUAAGAGUACAGAUGUGAUUAUGGAGGACUGAUUCUAACAGAUAAAGUUUAAUAUAUAAACAUAUAUAUAUAUAUAUCUAUGGAAACUCUUGAGGUUUUGGUUUUGGUUGCUGUCCGUGUAAAUGUCCCCGCUGAGGUCGGACUGAUCAGGUUUUGGUUUCUUUUCCCUCGGUCGUCCGUCGACUGAAUCAUUAAAGGUGUACAGAAAAUGUAAAUACACACACAGGGGGCGUCUUUGAGCGAGCCGAUCUCGUUCUUUCUCCUCCCUCCUCUUAAAAAAAGAAAAAAAAAGUCAGGGUCCACAUAUCGUAACUUUCCGGCUCUACAGUAUAACUUAAUAAUUAAUGAUAACUUAUUGGAAAUAAAUUAAAACACUUGGUGUGUGAAUGAAGUGCUAGUGCCAGUACUAAGUUUGAAGAUAAGAGUUUUUUUUGUUGUUAGAGUGUGAACAUGAUUUUCCUUCACUGUGAUGAAUUCGUUGGUGAAAUUUUCCUUUUUUUCGCCUCCCGAUGAUCCCAAAUGUGCCGCCGAACAGAUCUGUAAACUAGACCAGCCUCCAUGUCCUCCUUCACAACAAUGAAAACCCACAAUCUGGGGUUUAAUCUGAGGUUUAAUCUCGACCAUGACGACGUGUUUUAAAUUCAGAAACACUUGGAUGAGUUUUAAUGAGUUGAUUCAUUCUUGAGGUGUUCCUCCUCGUAGAUUUAGACCGAAUUAUCUCGUCGACCGUCAGAGCUGUAGAGGUGAAAUCCGCCUCCUAUAUUCCUGCUCCUCAGAGGAUAUAUCUCUGUCAUUCUGGUGACCCUCUGAUUUGUGCUUCAGCUCCAUCGACACAUUAAAGUUUGGACUCUUUCAGUCAACUAUCCUUUUAAAAAAAAUGGCGUCAGAUUUCACAGCGACGUUCGUAGUUUCCUGAGGAUGAAUUCAAACUUUUAUUUUAGUAUUCGGACGACUUUUGGAUGAAGUUUCUGACUCUGGAUUCAGCCUCAUUCUGGCUGAAUCCAAUUUAAUCCUCCGAAGUUCACCCAGAAGCCGUCGGUGGCCGCGGUACAUAUUUAUUUUGCAAACAUAGAAGAAGUCGCUUCUGCAGCGCUCUUCAGCUCCAGGACUGAGACUAUCCGAGUCCUCUUAAAGGACUCUUCCUGUCCCCUUAUUAAGCAUGAGACUGAGUAAAACCGCUGCUUUGAUGCUCUGCUGUCUUUAGUGAAAUAAAGACGAAGUACCCGAGGACAAAGGCCUGAACAGACACAGCUACUCUUGAGUAAAUUCGUCUUUUUGUUCGCAGAUAGAUUCGGUGAUUCGGCUCUGCAUGUCGGUAAACUCUUCGUCUGGUUUCAGAUCCGCCUUCUUGCUCGUAAACUGAUGAUUCCUCUCACAAACCGUGAAGAGAUCUCACCGCCCACUCAUCAUCCCACCUUUAGUCUUCCACAGCUCAGUCAGACUCCAACCAAUCGUUUUUCAGUCGAUCAAAAACGUGUCUGCGAGCGGACGAACUGUGAAACAUCUGAACACGACGUGACUCUCCGUCUCCGUCUGCGGCACGUCUGAUAGUUUGGUUUAAACAUUCAGGAUCAGUUCAGCUUUUACCUUAACGAGCUUAACGAACACCGACGUCCCGGCCGGGUCCGUUUUAGCGAGGAGGACAGAUUGUGUUUUAUAACCUGAUGGUGGAUUUUAACAUCUCUGUUCCUGGUUCUCUGUGAGGGUUUUAUGUCGGUGUGAGGAGAUCAGAAUCUCAUGAUGGACAUUUAAGAUCCAAACAAAUUUUAGGAUGAUCAUCGAAAACAGAGAAUUUACUUAAACGUGAGAUUUAACCGCGUUUCAGCGUGCACGACAAGAGUCAAACUUCAGAUUUAAAGGUGCAGGAUACUUAAAGAAAUUAAUGUCGAUUUAAAAACUUUUAAACAUCCAUCUAAAAAUAAGAGUGUUCGUGUUUUAGUCUCCUGUGAUUCAGGAAAGUCUGAGUCUGUGUUUCGUUAAAAAGUGACGAACAUCUGAGUCGACUCAAAAUAAAGGAGUCGGUUAAAUGAAUCUGUUUACCGUCAGCUGUGAUUGUUUACAUCCGGGUAGUGGAGCGUUAAUCUUUAUGGGAUCAGCUGCCGAGACAAAACAUGACGACAUUUCAGGCCUACGAUAAAAAUACUUCGUAACUUCAACUGACAGGUAACUCUGGUGCUGAUGUUUGACCAUCGACUGAAAGAUCAUGUCAUUUAUUGCUACGGUGGCCCAAAUCAAACAAAAAGUCUGAAAUUUGUCAUUUCAGCCGCCGUCUUUACCGUAGAGAGUCGGUCAGUCAAUCAUAAUCAGCUGAUUGGAUUUAAACUUGAACAUAAUUAACAAACGAACGUCACGCUUCUUAAAAGAGUAAAGUAUAAAUUUAGUCAGAGAUGAAUUCUAAAAACCGUUUCCUAAAUCCACUUUUAAACAUUCAGACAUCUUUUUGCCGUCGGUGGAGUCGCCCCCUGCUGGCCGGGUCACUCCUCAUCAGGUAGACGCCUCUGAAUUUUGCACGCCGGCCCUUUAAGACACUAAAAAACGGAGCGAACAGACAGAAGUCCGAUCUUUUGAGUGUCUGUUUCUGUUCGCUGUUUCAUUCGUUCAGUUUGAACGCCUGCAGAAGUUUCCCCGCCCUCGGCGAGCUCGUACAGGUAACGUUUUGUCGUUUUGUUCGUGUUUCUGUUCGUUUUCGUCGUCGUCGGAGGCGGCUUCCCCGUUUGUCUGUUUUUCUGCGUGUUUCUGAUCCACGGCGGGAAAUGUCGCUGAGAAAAAGGAAAAUAUUGAAGUGAGGGAUUAUUUAUGACACUUUGGCGACAUUUAAGGCUCAUCACGCUUGCCGUAGAUUUUUUCUUUUUGUUUGUUUUGUGCCAGAAGAAAACUGUUCAAAAGACUUAAGAAAGCACCUUUGUAAAGAAAAAACAACACAAUGCCAAAUACUACUUUUUUGUUUGUUUGUUUUGCUCUUUUAGGGUAAAUCUCCACAUAACGAAGUUUGCUGGAUGAUGUGUAAUUAUUCUUUUGUAAUCUUUUUUUUUUUUUCCAUCUCGCCCUCUCCGGACCCCUGGAGGGGACUCGGGAGCUUUAAGGCCGGUACUCUCCGAUCAGUGAGCACUACUCUGUGGAUACAGUGAAUGUGUAGAAAGCCUUGUAGUAUUGCAUUGUAUGUAAUGUAUAUAAUGAAUAAAGAUUGUAUUUUGUUCAGGUUUUCUUAA